AUGGAUUUUAUAAAGGAAAAUAAAGGCAAAAUUUUAGUAGCAGUUGCAGCAGUUGGUGGAUUAUUGUGGAUUUAAUCAAGAAAUAGUAGCAUCCCUGAUUAGAUUACCAAAUUGAUUAACUCCUACAUAGAAAAGAGAAAAAAUGUGACUGAAGAAGAUAUGAAAAAGGAAGAUAUUAUCAAGUUAAGAAAGGAAAUCAGCUAUAUUUUAAAGCAAUUUGUCUAAAAGGGUAAAAACAAAGAAGAAAGAGAAGGCUAGUACAUAGAAUUUUACAUUACAUUUUUCUAGAUUUUUUAUAAGCAAAUUAAAGAAUUGUCUGAUGAUCAAUAGCAAAUGAAAGGUUUAAUAGAAGGAUAUAGAGAUAUCAUGGGUUCAUUUUUGCAGAUAUCUUUAUUAGGAGAUUCUCUUUUUGAAUCAAACUAGGAUAACAAAUUUAGUGUGUAGGAAUGUUUUUAUUAGCUUUUUACAAAUGGCGAAAUUGAAGAAAAAAUAGAUACUAUUGAUUUCAUUUUUUCUUCUCUUCAUUUUAUCAGAGAAGAAGAUUUAGUAAAUUUUGUAGACUCUAGAAUUAUGGUUAAUCAAGAUUUAAAGUUUAACUUUUUAACAAAGCUUAUUCGUCAUUCUCAUACAUGCUUGAAAAUAAUUUCUAAUCCUGAAAAUAGACUUUCAAACUCAGAUUUCUACUUCUCAAAGUUCUAUUUUGAAAUGAUUGGAGAUAUUAAAUUUCUUAAACAACUUUAACCUCUCAAUCUUAUUCAAUCUAUGACUUUAUUUAAUGCUUAUUGCUCUAACUUUAACAAAAAUCUAGAAUUAUUUAUCUUAAAAGAAACAUUUAUGCUCAAAUGGUAAAAACUCAUUUAAAGCAUUUUAAGCAACUAAGAAUAUAUCAAGCAAUUAUCUAACGAGUAAGACUCAGCAAAAACACUAAGCGAAAUAUUCAAAUAACUUGCUUUUUCUCUUUUCAACUUCACUAUUUCCUUUAAUAUAGAAGAAAAGCAACUUGAUACCUAUACAGAAACCUUUUAACAGCGUAUUCUUCCUUUUAGCUCAGUAUUAUUGUUAGCUGAAGAAACCCUCAAAACUAUGGAUUGCUUCUUAAAGAAUUUGAAAAAAUUAGGUUUGAUUAAUAAGCACAAAAACACCUUCAUGACUAUUAUACAUGAUUUCUUAUUAACUCUUGUAUAAUUUUAUGAUAAAAAUAACUGCUCUAAUUACAUUAAUAUCUUUAUAUUAUCGAUAUCAUUAAUGAUUAUCAAUUGUCAUAAUUAAAUACCAAGUAGCAAAACAAUAAACUAAUUUUGGGCAUCAAUCUACUUGCCUAAAGACUGCAGUCUAUAAAUUGUAUCUGAGACAUUUUUCAGAAUGAGCUUAGUUCAAUUCUUUGAAAUGACAGGUUUAACUACUUUUAUUGAGUCACUCAUUAAAUAUUAUGAACCUGAUAUGCAAAAAAAAAUUAAAGUAUUAUUGCAACUACUCAACAAUAAGAGAUACAACUUUAACAGACUAAGAAUUAUUGGAUAUCAAUUUGCAAUAUUAUAAAGUGAUUUUGAGGAUUAAGUUGUACAAGAAAAUAUCACUAACUAAAUUUUCAAAAAGACAAAUAAAGAUAACAAGGCUUGUAUUUUUUCAUUGAUUAACAUUGGUGAAAAAAUAUUUACCCCUCUUCAUUACAUUAAUUAAAUCGAUGUUGAAACUGACAUUAGUGAUAAUGAAGAAAAAUAAGAAAUUUCCCAAUAAAUAGAAAAGUAUACAUAGGAGUGUAUCUAAUAUUUAAUUAACGUUUUCUAGUUAUCAAAGGAAAAAAUAAGUAUUGAAGAUAUGCUAACCUAUGCAAGAAAUGGAAUUCAUAGUAAACUUACUCUAGAAUAGAUUAAAUCUGUAGCAGAAGAAGACGAUUAAAAUAAUACUUAAAUAAAACAAGGUAUCGUAUUGAAUAACCAAAUGGAAUUAUUCUUUGAUAAGCAGAUGGUCUUUUAAGGUUUUGAACUCACAUAAUUAAACUAAGAUAUGAGUUUGAUAUUUUAUGAUACUUUGGAUUUCGUUAAAGAAAUUUAAUACAGACUAUUUACUAAAAAGUUCUUUGUUGAUUAUGCAGUUACUUGCUUCUUUAAAAAUCCCUUGAUUAUUACAUAAAUACACACUCAUGCAUUAGUGUUAUAUGAAUUGAUGAUUGAUUUCAUUUAUGAAUAUUUAAUUAAAAAUCCUGAACAUGAUAACCAAGAUAUUGAUUAUCUAAAAGACUAAUUGUGUGACGACAACACUGUCUUCAGUACAUUAAAAAAAGAUUCUUUAUUAUUUAUUGAAGGUAAUUAAACAGCAAAAAGCAUCACAGAGUAGCUAUUAAAAAGGGUUGAAGCAAGACUUGAAUAAAUUUCAAAACUUUGA